ACAAGAGAUCAAAGUGUCAGAGCUGAUCUUCCACAUCCUGUGUCAAGAUGGUCUUCGGGACAGGCUGCUGAGUGUGUACCCAGAAAUCAAAAUGUCAGUCAAGAAAGGAAGUUUGACAGUAACUGGAUUAAAUGAUGAGCUUUUCCAAGUAAACAAAGUUAUAUAUGAUGCAAUGUUCGCAUUAAAACGACAGAAUUUAGAAAUGGAUACAUUUGUGCUAGACUUCUUGAAGGCUGGAGCACUAGAGGAGCUCACAGAUGCUCUCCUAAUAUCUAAUGGAAUAAAUGCAGCAUUUGAGAUGAAUGCAGACAAAUUGCAGCUCCUCGCUGUUUCUGACAGAGAUCUGAAAGAUGCUGAAGACCAUCUGAAAAGGCUGCUAAUAUCUCACUACAUUGAUGUUGAAGAUAGUAAUGUCCUAAAGAAGCCAGAGUGGCAGCACCUGGUCAGUCAGUCAGAGGAUGCAAACAAUGAGCCAUGCAGAAAAAUUCGAAUUCACACCACUGGUCAACAAGUCGUGGUGUCUGGCCACAAGGACAAUGUGCUAACAGUUAGCAGUGAGCUUGCUGACUUUUUAACACAGAAUGCUCAAGUUGAAGAAACCAUUGUGGUUAAGCCCAACGCCAAAGUUGAAUACAUUAAACGUGACAAGUCCUGUUUGGAGGAAGUGGAAGACAAAGUGGAAGUGUUUUACAGAAAUGAAGCCAUCUGCCUCAGUGGUUCUAGAAUUGAUGUCACACACUGCAAGGCCUUGGUUGAGGACUUGGUCUCUUCUCUAUACUUUGACAGCUUAAAAGUAGCAAAGCCUGGAGCAAAGACUGUCUUCCAGGAUAAAGAAAGUAUGUGUGUUCAGUCACUCUGGAAAGAAACCGGUUGCCUGGUCCAGCUGAUUGAUGAGAAAAGUGGCGGACGGGAUGACUUGGCCUUUAGUCAAGUACCAAAACCUGCGUACCAGCUUCAGACACCUGAUGGAGUGGAAAUAGCUGUUUGCAAGGCUGAUCUGUGCAGUUACCCAGUGUGUGCCAUCAUCAGUUCUUCUACUGAGGACUUGAAACAUAGCGGAGGCCUUGCACAGGCACUUUUAAAUGCUGCUGGCCCUCAGUUGCAGGAUGAAUGUAACAAAAUAAUUAAUGUGAGGGGACAGCUCAAGCCUGGUGACUGUGUCAUAACUGAUGCAGGGGGGCGGCUUUGUUGCAAAAAAGUUAUUCAUGCAGUGGGACCCAAGUUUAAUCCCAUUAAAGGCCAGAAGGUUCAGGCACAGUUAAAAAAAGUUGUUAAAGAAAGUUUAGAACUUGCUGAAAAGCACGGCUGCACCUCUGUGGCUAUGCCCAUCAUCAGCAGAAACAAAGGCUUCUCUCUCAAUUCGUGUGCGGCCGCUAUCACCAAAGCAGUGAAGGAGCACUGUGAUGAGAGAGAUGAUGGCAUCCUGAAGAAAAUCCAUUUGGUGAACAAUGACGACGGUGCUGUUCAAGCUAUGGAGGCAGCAGUCAGACAGGAGUUUGGAAACAGUGGCGUUUCUCAGCCAGCUCUUCAAAGCAGUGCCGUCAAGUCUUCACUCGGAAAACACGCUACAUCUUCUAGCUCUGACCAAAACUGCUUGGGUCAAGUGCAGACCAAAGAGGGCCUGAAUAUCACUCUUAUGAAAGGAAAUAUUGAGGAUGCCACGACGGAGGUGACCGUGAAUACUGUGUUUGAAGAUCUUAACCUGACCAAAGGAGCGGUUUCCUGUGCCAUCUUUAAAGCCGCUGGACCCAAACUUCAGCAGUUGGUAAAUGCAAAGCAACCCGGGGGAACUGUCGGUGAGAUCAUUGCCACU